AUGAAGAUCAUCUGCCAGACUUGUCAUGAGUUUGUUGAAGACUUGUUCUCAGACAUAGCAGAAAGAUCCGGGAAACAUUCCUCAGGUACAGGUCUACACGUGAUAGACUUCAUCGGAGAAUUGCGUUAUUGGCACGAUUUUCAAGAUGAAGUUGAACAGGUUCUCGCAAAAGUCGAAUGGGAAAACUAUCAGCAUCCUGUCACAGCUUAUAUUGAGACAGGUGAUGUUUAUUACAGAGAGCAUUUUCUUUGCGGCGCCGAAAUCUCAAGCAGCGCCCGCUUUAUAUCGAAUGUUCUAAACCCGUUAACUGGUGUUGCUAAUAUCCUCGGAUAUCCUCUGUACUUCGGCGAUUGGACUGUCACUGUGGAUAAGUUGAAAUGGCCGGUUCUAACCCUAGCCAACGAGCAGGAUAAAAUUUUCACUGGCAAACCGGGCACCAUCACAGAGACAGAAGGCAAAGCCCGCGCAAUUGGGGAAGCCAAGCACCCCUGGGGAACUCUCCCUGACGCGAAUAUCAAGCAAGCUCUCAAGGGGGACAAGGAGGGCGAGAAGCUUCUCCGAAGGUUUCUCGGACAGAUAGCAAGAGAUAUGUGGGCUGCGAAUCUCAAAUAUGCUUUCAUGACUAAUUACAGAUGGACUGUUUUUCUUCGUCGUGAAUUCAGCGAUGGAAAGUGGACUCUUUAUCAUUCUGAUGCGAUAAAGCAUGAUUCAAAAGCGCAACAUCGAGACCACACAGCAAGCAUUUCAGUACGACAAUGCGUUCUCUUUACCAUGAUCAAAGUGGCCUCCUCCAACCCGGAAGACUGGUCAACUAAUGAAUCACGGCGUGGACCCCUCUCGACUUGGGUGUAUAUUGCCCCCGACAAGAAGGAAGGCACGGAGAAAACAACAAGUUCUAACCUCUAUCUCUCAAGAGUUCAAGGUGAACGUGGUCUGUUUUCGGAAGGCUCAAUUGCUUUGGCCAACAAUGAUUUACCUGGGAAGGGAUUUGCGGCUGGCAAAGCACCAGAGCUUACUCUGCCGCACCGCUCAUUUUCCACCACUCAGAUCAACUCGUCAAAUCAAGAAAAAGAGCCUACGGGUGCCACGCAGGAAAGCCUCAAGGGUAAAGGGAAGACAGCCGAAAGUACCGAUAAGCAAGGCGCCAAGGGUAAAGGAAAGACAGCUGGAAGUACCGACAAGGAAGGUGCCAAGGGCAAAAUGAGGGCAAUUGAAAGUACUGAUAAAGGUAGCUCCAAGACCACAAGGUCCACAGGGAGUCUCCAAAAGUGAGAACAAAUAGGCUCAAGAAC